AUGGCCCAAGACCCUCGAGUUCUCCUGCAGCGCGCCGAAAAAGCAUUGAACGGGGCAUCCAGUGGAUUCAGUUUCUUUGGUGGUCGAGCAGAAAAGUACGAAAAUGCAGCGGAUCUCUACACGCAAGCUGCAAAUGCUUUUCGAGUACAGAAGCAAAACAAGGAAUCCGGUCUCGCAUUUGAAAAGGCUGCCUCCAUCCAAAGUCAAAACCUGAACGAGCCUGAUGAUGCCGCAAACUCGUUGAACGAAGCCUUCAAGGUAUACCGGAAAUCGGACCCUGAGGAUGCCACCCGUGUGCUCUCCGCCGCUAUCCAACACUACGUCUUAAAGGGAAAUUUGCGUCGCGCUGCCACGCAGCAGCAACACCUGGCGGAGGUAUAUGAGGUUGAGCUGGGGGAUACCAAGAAGGCUCUAGAAGCCUACGAGAAAACGGCGGAAUGGUUUGAGAGUGACAAUGCCGAAGCCCUCGCAAACAAGCAUUUCCUCAAAGCAGCUGAUCUGGCCGCUAUUGAAGGCGACUACUACAAAUCCAUCGAGUACUAUGAGCGGAUCGGCCGUUCAUCCAUCAGUAAUAACCUGAUGAAGUGGUCUGUUAAGGACUACUUCUUGAAGGCUGGCAUCUGCCACCUGGCUACAAACGAUCUGGUUGCGACGAACCGCGCCCUCGAGAGCUACCGCGACAUUGAUACCACAUUUGCCUCGACAAGGGAGCAUCAGUUGCUCGUCGAUUUGGCGCAGGCCAUAGAACAGGGAGAUCAAGAAGCAUUCGCUGACAAACUGUUCCAGUUUGACCAGCUGAGCAAGUUGGACAAAUGGAAAACAACUAUAUUGCUGCGCAUUAAGAGCAAUAUCGAGGAGGCGGUGGAGGAUUUCUCUUAG